CAUACAAGUCUGUAGAGAUGAUGAGGCAAAACAAGUCCUUCAAUUUUGCCUUGCUGGAGGAUGUACAGGCCAAGGUACUGGAAAUACCAUACAAAGGCAAAGAUCUAAGCAUGAUUGUGCUGCUGCCGAAUGAAAUCAAUGGUCUGCAGAAGCUUGAAGAGAAACUCACUGCUGAGAAAUUGUUGGAAUGGACAAGUUUGCAGAAUAUGAGAGAGGCACAUGUGGAUUUACACUUGCCUCGGUUCAAAGUGGAAGAGAGCUAUGACCUCAAGGACACGUUGAGAAACAUGGGAAUGGUGGAUCUCUUCAAUGGGGAUGCAGACCUCUCAGGCAUGACCGGGAGCCGCGGUCUCGUGGUAUCUGAAGUCCUGCACAAGGCCUUUGUGGAGGUCACUGAGGAGGGAGCGGAGGCUGCAGCUGCCACCGCUGUAGUAACAGGGUUUUCAUCACCUCUUUUAACUAAUGAAGAGUUCCAUUGUAAUCACCCUUUCCUAUUCUUCAUCAGGCAAAAUAAGACCAACAGCAUCCUCUUCUUUGGCAGAUUCUCAUCCCCUUAGAUGUAAUUAGUCUGUCACUCCAUUUGGAAAAUGUUCACCUAGAGGUGUUCUGGUAAACUCAUUGCUGGCAACAACAGAUUCUCUUCACUCAUAUUUCUUUUCAACCUCAUAGUCAUCAUCAAGAAUUUAAUGAUUGAAAUAGUAUGCCUUUCUUUCUUUCUCUUUAUAAGAACACAUAUAAACCUACUUUUUCUUCCAGAAGAAUUCUCCGUGAGGAAAAAUGUUCGAGAUGCGAUGAAUAAUUUAAUACUGUAUCUUCUAAAUUUGAAAUGUAAUUCUGUUUGUGACCUGUUUUAAAUGAACCAAACCAAAUCAUACUUUCUCUUCAGACGUAACAACCUAGAAACCCACAUUUCUUUGAAUUUAGGUGAUACCUGAAAUCCUUCUUACGUUUCUAAAUUUUGUGAUUCUAUAAAAUACAUCAUCAAUAAAAUAAUGA